AUGGAAGCAAUUCUAGACUUUUCCAGAGACCUCGAUCUCGAUUUGUUCGACAGCAUCGUCGACACUUUUUACAAGUCCGGGCCUGAGCAGCAGAAGGCGCUGGUCAUCUUGAACCAGUUCCAAGAACACCCUGAAUCUUGGAGACGUGCCGACGCCAUUCUCUCGGCGGCCAAAAGCCCCCAAUCGAAGUACAUCGCCUUGUCGUGCUUGAACUCGUUGAUCAAAUACAGAUGGAAAACCAUUCCGGAGGCCGAGCGCAUCGGAAUCCGUAACUUCAUCGUCAACAUGAUCAUUGCAUUGUGUGACGACGAGAAAAUCUUCGAGACCGAGCGUGCCCUCAUCAACAAAAUUGACUUGACGUUGGUGUCCGUGUUGAAGCAAGAGUGGCCCCACAACUGGCCCCAGUUUGUCCCGGAGAUUGUCAUGAGCUCGCGCUCGUCUUUCAACGUAUGUGAGAACAACAUGAUCAUUUUGAAGUUGAUGGGCGAGGAGAUCUUCGACUUCUCGCAAGAUGAGAUGACCCAGGCCAAGGCCAACUCGUUGAAGUUGAGCUUGAAAGCCGAGUUCGAGCAGAUUUUCAAGUUGUGCUAUGAAGUUUUGGACAAAACAACCAAGACCUCGUUGGUCACGGCCACGUUGAGCGCGUUGUUAAAGUACAUCCACUGGAUCCCUUUGAACUAUCUAUUCCAAACGGACAUCUUGGCCUUGUUCACGAACAAGUUCUUGGCUCCCCCGGACACCAGGGCUCUCACCUUAAAGUGCUUGACCGAGGUCUCCAGCUUGAUUUCCGUUGAAAACGAGGAGAAGUUCAUUGUGUAUUUCCAAGCGGCAAUGGAAAAGAUCGUCACCAUCGUUCCUUUGAAUAACUCAAUUUCGUUAAAAAGAUCUUACCAACUGGCAAACUCGAACGACCAGUCGUUCUUGCAAGAUUUAGCCAUGUUCUUGUGCACUUUCUUGGGCAACCACUUGCAGGCUUUAGAGUCUGCGCCUAGUUUGAACGAGUUGUUCCUUAUCUCGACCAACUAUUUAAUCGAGCUUUCACGUAUUGAAGAACGUGAAUUGUUCAAAACGUGCUUGGACUACUGGUGCACCUUUAUCUACGGAUUAUUUGAGGAAAUCAGGAACUUGCCUGCCAACGAAUUGGGUCCGUUGAUGCAACUUACAAGUUACGCUUCUCAAUUGAGACCAGGCUCGAACGGUGCACCUGAUCCCUCGAUCCUCGCAAAAUACCCGUUGAGGCAACACAAGUACAGACAGAUCUUGUCAAAAUUGAGAUUGGUUAUCAUCGAAAAUAUGGUUAGACCAGAGGAAGUCUUGAUUGUUGAGAACGAUGAGGGCGAGAUUGUCAGAGAAUUUGUGAAGGAGAGUGAUACCAUUCAGUUGUACAAGUCCAUGAGGGAAGUAUUGGUGUACUUGACACACUUGGAUGUCGUGGACACUGAGCAAAUCAUGAUGGAGAAGUUGGCGAGACAGAUUGAUGAAAGCGAGUGGUCAUGGCACAAUAUCAACACGUUGUGCUGGGCUAUAGGUUCGAUCUCCGGAACAAUGAACGAAGAGAUGGAGAAACGCUUUCUUGUUUCUGUUAUCAAGGACUUGUUGUCCUUGACAGAAUUGAAGAGAGGCAAGGAUAACAAAGCCGUUGUUGCUUCUAACAUCAUGUACAUUGUUGGCCAAUAUCCAAGAUUCCUCAAAGCGCACUGGAAAUUCUUGAAGACUGUGGUCAACAAGCUAUUUGAGUUCAUGCAUGAAACUCACGAGGGUGUUCAGGAUAUGGCAUGUGAUACAUUUAUUAAGAUCACGAAUAAGUGUAAAAGACAUUUUGUUGUCCAGCAACCUUCGGAAACAGAACCUUUUAUUGUCGAAAUCAUUCGCAACGUUCAAGCUAUUACUGAGGAUUUGCUGCCUCAACAAGUCCAUACUUUCUACGAAGCAUGUGGGAUAAUUGUGAGUGCCCAAACACAAAAGGAGUUGAGAGACAAAUUACUCAGCGAAUUAAUGGCAUUCCCCAACGUUGCUUGGGGAGCAAUUGUGCAGAGCUCUGCUGAGGAUCCCCAACUUUUGACAAACACUGAAACCGUGAAAAUCAUCGCCAAUAUCAUCAAAACAAAUGUUUCCGUCUGCAAGGCUAUGGGCCCAGGCUUCUACUCUCAGCUUGGUUUGAUGUAUGUCGACAUGUUAUCCUUGUACACAGCAGUGAGCAGAAUGAUUUCCGAUUCUGUUGCCACUGAAGGAUUGAUUGCGACUAAAACUCCAAAGGUAAGAGGCUUAAGAACAAUCAAGAAGGAAAUCUUGAAGAUGGUUGAGACUUACAUUAACCAGGCAGACAAUUUGGAAGAAAUUGUGAGGGAUCUUUCACAACCAUUGUUCGCUGCUGUCUUGGAAGAUUACAAAACAAAUGUCCCUGAUGCUAGAGACGCAGAAGUCUUAAACUGCAUGGCUGCCUUGGUAGCCAAAGUCGGUCACAUGAUUUCGGGGGGUGUUGUUUUGAUCUUGCAAAAUGUAUUUGCAUGCACUCUCGACAUGAUCAAGAACGACUUUGUCGAAUACCCCGAGCAUAGAGUUGAAUACUACAAGCUUUUGAAAGUGAUAAACCACAAGUCUUUCGACGCUUUGUUGCAAUUGUCUGGUGAGGCUUUUCAAUCGUUGAUCAAUGCUGCUUUGUGGGCAUUGAAGCACAACAACAGAGAGGUUGAAGAGAGUGGCUUGUCCUUGACUUUGGAAUUGAUCGUGAAUGUUGAAAACCUCGGCAACACGCCUUUCACCAAAGCAUUUUACGAAAAUUUCUACUUCCAGAUCUUGUCGGACACCUUCUAUGUCUUAACUCAACCCGACCAUAAAUCUGGUUUCAGAUACCAAGCUCAACUCCUCGCACAUCUUAUUCAUUUAAUCGAGGAUGGUGUGAUCAAGGAGUCCUUGUACACAAGCAAGCAGGCUGCGGAGGGAACAAGUAACUCUGACUACUUGAAACAGUACUUGGGUAACUUAUUGUCUUCGGCAUUCGAGAACUUGCAAAAGGAGCAAUUGAUAAACUUCCUUAAUGUCUUGACGACCGUCUACAAGGACUUGAACAAAUUUAGUGGCACUUUGAGGGAUUUCCUUGUUCAAAUAAAGGAAUUUGGUGGUGACGCCACUGACUAUCUUUUUGCUGAGGAUAAAGAAAUCGAGAAGCAAGAGCAAACCAAAUUACAGAGAGAGAAAGACUUGCAAGUGGCAGGAUUAAUCAAACCGUCGGAAAUGGAGGACUAG